GCUGUGUAUGAUUAUUGGCUUAAUAAGCGUGUUCAGUCAAGGCAACCUCUCCUUUACGCUGUUCGACAAGAGCGACGUGACGGUGGUAGUAACACGGAUCCAUAUGUGGCGUUCCGAAGACGGAGUGAAAAGAUGCAAACCCGUAAAAACCGAAAAAGUGAUGAGCAGUCGUACGAAAGGAUGUUGAUCUUGAGAGAACAAAUGGAUUCUCUAGGGUUUGGAAACGUUUAUUCUAAUGCAUUUUCUUAGGGAGAUACUCGGUCGACUUGUCAAACGUGAAGCUACUAAGGAAGCAAUUGUUAACUGUGAUUACAGAUGCUUUCAGCUUAGAUGUAAGCUAUGCGACUGGGAAGGCUCAAGUCUCGUAGAAGCCGAAACUUUAGUGCGGAACCACCACGAGAAUGAAGGUGUAGUAACUAUGAAGUCUUUGAAAGACAACAAAAGACGUCCUAAUCGCAAGCGCAAACUGGUCAAGAGGUUCAGCAAUCUUCCAAACUCCACAAGUUCCGACGAGGCUUCUGACAAUGAUGAUGAUGAUGAUGAUCAAAGUGGACCAUUCUCUUUUGUUAGAACUCCUGGUUGCCGAUAUUUGAAGCCAAGGUCAUUGCUAGAAGAGUGUUCCACACUUUCCAGUCUCCAUCCUUCCCGCUCACCUUAUUCCUGCUAUACAUUAGCAACAAUUCCACGACUGUGUCAUACAAAGCAUCUUACCUACACCGGCUAUAUAAGGCGUCGCCUUGGUCGUGGCGGUCGAAUAAUAUGUGAUCGCGUUGCAGCCCCCUCGCCACUUUCUGCUUAUCUCCAGUCCUAUGAUGCGAAUUUGAGAUCUAGUGGUUCAGCUAGUCCAAGUCUUAUACCCUCAAACUUUUGCUGGCGACAGUCACAAACAAAAGAUGUUGCUUUGUUUAAUAGACUAAAGACUUCUAUUUUCAGUUCGCAUCGUGGGCGUCCUUCAUUCUCCUGGCCUGUUUCUGAAACUAUCUUCCCACCAAUACCCUUCGAACCUAUACUUAUUGAAUCUAAAGGUUCCACGGAUCAUCGUUCCUCUCCCAUUUUUUACUCGAAGACGGAUUGUCCAACAACUUCGAGGAAGCAUCCGGAUGAUGUGACCAUAGAUGAAGUUGCUCUGGACGCGGGACGUGAGUUAAAUGAUGUUCCGAAUGACGGUUUGUUGAUUCAGGAAAAACAUUCUCCCUUGCACCCUCAGAACGAUCUAAUGCCAAAGAAAUCAGUUAAUGUAUCGUCCGCGGUUAUGAUUCCCAUCACGAAUCCAAAUAUGUGUCAAACCUCCCAGGCCAUAUUGGUGCCGAAGCCUAGCAAUAGUUUGGUAUCAACUCAUCGCCUGUGGCGAAAGCUGGCAAGGCCAUACGGUGUUACACUUCAGCCUUCUGAGUUUCCCAGGUCCCAUAGUGUUGAUGUUUCUUUCAGUAAUUCUAAUGGUAACGGCCUUUCUUCGACGGACAAUAAAAUGUUGCUGACCGAUCCUUCAGUCUUGUCACCACCUAAAGUACGCUGUUUAACUCGUGACUGUGGGUCUAGGGAUUCAAAAGUUCCUGGUCCUCAGCUGCAUGUUACGAAUGGAGUGAGCCCAACACAGAUUUUUCAGCUUCCAACUUAA